UUUAGCUCUAAGGAGCCUGGGACCCAGCACUGGCACUACCCUGGGUGUGGUUAAGUGAGCUGUGUCCUUAAGAGCAGGUGGGGAGGGUUGGUUACAGGAGCAUAAGAGGUAAGACCAGUUCCCUCCAGUCCCUCCAGACUGCUGGUGUGUGGCCCAGGGCGGAGCCCCUCAGUUUAAAGAGCAGAACCCAUCCAGGCUAUCCUCAGACUUGCUCACUGUACCCGGCACCACUCACCUGGCUGGGCUGAUCUCCAGGCCUGCAGCCUUGCCCUUGGUCCUGACAUGACGGGAGUAACCAGUGUCUUUCUCCUGGUGCUAGCAGCUCUGCCUGCCUUGGAAGCCAAUGAUCCAAUCGAUAAAGACAGUCCCUUCUAUUAUGACUGGGAGAGCCUGCAACUCGGCGGAAUGAUCAUUGCAGGACUCCUGUGCAUCACCGGACUAGCCAUGGCCUUCAGUGGCAAGUGCAAAUGUAGAAGCAGUCAUAACCCCAGUUCCUUACCCGGGAAAGGCACCCCACUUAUCACUGCAGGCUCUGCAAACUGAACACAGAACCAAGUUGGAAGCAGUUUUGCCAGCCUCCCUGUUCCUCCCUUCCACAGACCUCCCCUUCCAGAAUGGCCACCAUAACACAUACUGUGACGUCUUCAGCAACAGGGAAGGGUGCCCAAUGCUUACUUUAUAAUAAACUCUCUUGCUGCUCCUUUA